AUGCCCUCCCUCGCCGCCGCCCGCGCUGCGAACGCCGCCUUCGCCCCCUCCUACCUCCCCGUCGCCGUCUUCGUCGGCGGCACCUCCGGCAUCGGCAGGGCCUGCGCGGAGGCCUUCGCGCGCUACACCCGCGGCAACGCGCACAUCGUCCUCGUCGGCCGCAACGAGGCCGCCGCGCACGCCAUCCUCGCCUCCUUCCCCGCGCCCUCCGCCCCCGGCGCGGCGCACGAGUUCCUGCACGCGGACGCCUUCCUCGUGCGCAACGUGCAGGCCGCCGCGGACGCGCUGCGCGCGCGCCUCCCGCGCCUCCACUUCCUCGUGCUCUCCACCGGGCUCGGCAUGAGCCUCCGCGGGCGGGACGAGACCGCGGAGGGGGUCGACCGCCGGAUCGGGCUCGCGUACUACACGCGCGCGAAGUGGGUCGCGGACCUCCUCCCGCUGCUCGAGCGCGCGGCCGCGGCGGGCGAGGACGCGAGGGUGAUGUCCGUGCUCGCCGCGGGCAAGGGCGGCGCGAUCGACGUCGACGACCUCGCGUUCCGCAAGGGCUACGCGUCGUACAAGGUCGGGCUCGCGUCGCCGACGUACACGGACCUGCUGUUCGAGCAUCUGUCGAAGGAGCACCCGAGCGUCGCGUUUGUGCACGCGCACCCGGGCCUGGUGCGCACCCCGCUGAUCAACUUCGACCACUGGGCGUUCGGGCCGAUCAACAUGCUCACCGGGGCGCUGGCGAAGAACCCGGAAGACUGCGCGGAAUGGAUGCUGUACGCCCUCUUCCAGAGCAAGCACGGCUUCUCAAGACGGAGCGAGUCCGGCGACGACAUUGGCCCACAGGGGCGAUAUGGCUCUGCCGAGCGUCAGCAAGUCGUGAAGCACACGCAACAAGAGCUUGCCAUUGCACUCAGUAAAGUAAUCGGACCUGUAUAG